AUGUACACCCUGUCCCUCUACUGCCUGUCCCUCUACCGCCUGUCCAUCUACUGCCUGUCCCUCUACUGCCUGUCCAUCUACAGCCUGUCCCUCUACUGCCUGUCCCUCUACCGCCUGUCCAUCUACUGCCUGUCCCUCUACUGCCUGUCCAUCUACUGCCUGUCCCUCUACUGCCUGUCCCUCUACUGCCUGUCCAUCUACUGCCUGUCCCUCUACUGCCUGUCCCUCUACUGCCUGUCCAUCUACUGCCUGUCCCUCUACUGCCUGUCCAUCUACUGCCUGUCCCUCUACUGCCUGUCCCUCUACUGCCUGUCCAUCUACUGCCUGUCCCUCUACUGGCUGUCCAUCUACUGCCUGUCCCUCUACUGCCUGUCCCUCUACAGCCUGUCCAUCUACUGCCUGUCCCUCUACUGCCUGUCCCUCUACCGGCUGUCCAUCUACUGCCUGUACCUCUACCCCUGUCCCUCUACUGCCUGUCCCUCUACUGCCUGUCCCUCUACGGCCUGUCCAUCUACUGCCUGUCCCUUCUACUGCCUGUCCCUCUACUGCCUGUCCAUCUACUGCCUGUCCAUCUACUGCCUGUCCAUCUACUGCCUGUCCCUCUACUGCCUGUCCAUCUACUGCCUGUCCCUCUACUGCCUGUCCCUCUACUGCCUGUCCAUCUACUGCCUGUCCAUCUACUUAACCGCCACCGAUCGGUUCAACCUCCCUGUCUAUCAACCUCUGUGUCCAUCAACAUCUGUGUCCAUCAACCUGUCUAUCAUCUAUUUCUAG